UGGGCGCGGGCCGCGUUGCUGCGGGCGUGGAGGCGGCCGUCCGUCCGUGCACAGCCUGCCCGGAGCGCCGUGCCUGCGGCUGAAGCACAGAAGCAGCGAAAACAAGCUCAAAGCGAAAACGAGCCCUUACUGGUAGCGAACCGAGGAAUUUAAGAGCUGUGAGGAUUUCAUGCUCUCACAAAAAAAGUGGAAGUAAGGCAGUUCACUACUUAGUAGUAACUGCUUAGCUAAGGUGCAGCCCAGAGUGUAAGCACACAGCCUUUAAACUGCGUCCAACCUCGAGAACAAUAUGCUGGACUUUGUGUUUGCAGUUGAUGAUUCUGUGACCUGGCACAUGAUGAACCUGUUAAAGAACAAAAGUCAUUAUUCUUUCCUAAAAGUCUUUGGGCCAAAGCAGAUAAGUAACAUACAGAGCUAUGGAGCAGGGAUUUACUACAAUACUUUGGUGCCUUGCAAUGGCAGGAUGAUAAAAUAUGGUGUAAUUAGCACUGAUACCCUGAUUGAUGAUUUACUUCACUGGAAAACCCUCUAUGUUGCUGGACGCCUACAAAAACCGGUGAAAAUCCUGACACAGAAUGAGAAUGGCAAGCUGCAAGCUGCCCUUGUUAGCAAUCUGAAGAGUGCAGUCACAGCAGCCUUUCUCAUGUUACCAGAAAGUUUCUCUGAAGAAGACCUCUAUAUGCAGAUUGCAGGACUCUCCUAUUCUGGUGAUUUCAGAAUGAUAAUAGGAGAAGACAGAUCGAAGGUGCAGAACAUAGUGAAACCCAACGUUCCCUAUUUUCAGAAGCUGUACAGUAACAUAUUACAGGACUGCCCUCAAGUGGUAUAUAAGCACCAUCUGGGAAGGCUAGAGAUCGAUAAGAGUCCAGAAGGUCAAUUCACACAACUGAUGGCUUUGCCAAGGAGUCUGCAGCAAAAGAUAACUUCUCUGGUAGACCCUCCUGGAAAAAACAGAGAUGUGGAAGAAAUUUUACUGCAAGUUGCCCAUGACCCUGAUUGUGGAUUUGUGGUGCAUCAAGGAAUCUCAGGCAUUGUGAGAUCUUCCAGUAUAGUGCAGAGUGCUAAAACCAUACUGACAGCUGGGGCAAAGAAAUCUGUAACUUACAGUAUGAAGAAAUUGUAUAAAAUGACAAAAGGAUGGUUAAAGAAGACGUCUUGACUCUUGACACGCUAUGUAUGGGUAAACAAAGGGUACCUUUUCUCCAAAUGUUUUGCAGGUGUUGCUGAGCCUACUUGCAAAGAUGAAAGUCUACUGAAGAAGCCAGUUCAAAUGCCUUUCCUGUCCUUUUUUACUACUGCAGUAGAAUUUUUUUAUUAGAGGGGAAGAUUUGAUGGCAGUAGGGCAAAAGAAUUACUGUGUAAAUACUGAAAUAAAUUUUUACAGCCUAUAUGAAUUAGGUUUUCAAGGAAUUUUCAGAAACCUUGAGAGAAGGUGAUGAAUUGUAUGUACAAUAAAAAGCCAAGCCACUUAUUUUGUAUGUAUCGAUAGCUCUAUUUUUUGAAAAUGUCACCAGGGGUCUUUUGAAAUGUUCUUCAGUUGUCGUUCUCUCAGAGACAGAACUGGAGAGUCCAUAGAGCUUUAAAUAGAUUUAUUUCCAUGCUUGCAAUUUUAUUCUUACUUUUUUUUUUGUAAGAUACUAAAUGGUGUGCAGGUUGGACUUCAGGAAAAGCCCGGGAAGCUUGUCAAGUUCAUUUUGUAAAAUUUGUAUCUUCUUUUAAAUGAGAUUCAAGUGACAACUGCCUAACUCAUAGCGAAGCAUUGUUAGAGGUGUCAUAGCUGUAAGGGAAGUCAUACUUUUGUUGACCUUCAGCAUGUACUUGUACAUUUAUGAAAUGUUUUUGGCAAAGGAUUUUAUCAAAAUGCUUUAAAAUCGGGAAUUUUAUGGAAAAAUUACUUAUUCUAUAAUUCAUGGGCUUUUUUUGGUUUGUGAAAAUCAUGUCCACAAAUAUAAAACUUGUUCACACUUGCUUAAUUAAAUGAGCUGUGAUGAAGAAUUUGGACCAUCGUAUGAAUUCUUACAUCACAUCUGUGAUGCCAUUAAGGAAUGGAAAUUUAUGGCAGUGCUCAUAUGUGACACAAUAAAUUUGAACCAUCUGUUGUAAAUAGGAUCUUUUUGGUACUACUUGGUAGAUGGGGCAACUUGGGAUGUUAUUCUUAAUGUAACUUGAAAGAACAGUUUUAUUCUGUUUGUGAAAAUGACAAUAACUUUUUAAGUAAUAAGUGGAAAUAUAUCUUUCCUUAUUAGCGUGUAUUUUUUUCUUGUGCACCAUAUGGUUGGUAGGGCCAUUUCUCAAGGUAUGCUUGAUUUAAUGAUCUUACUUUAAAAACAUUAUUGGAAUGAAAUUGGCUGUGGUUUUCAGGGAUCAGUUCAAAGCAUAAAUGUAAAAAAUAUGGAAAAUUGUACUAUUUAAUGUGACUGACUAAGGCUUGCAUCAGUCAUGGGGGAACUUCUGAAUAUGGAUUAUCUUAAAAUGGCAAAAGUUGAAUAAUCUUCAGAUUUUUUUUUUUGGAGAAAAAUACUAAAGUGAAAUAGACACUUUCUGAAGUCAUAGAACAUGCUUAACAUGUUACUGCUCAUCAGUUGGUACUAGAUCUAGAGUUUGUAAGACAAAACCCUUUAUGUCCAUUUCCUGAUCUUAGGAGGCUGGCUGUCCUGGUGGUGCUCUGUUCUGCAGAAGUUACAGAAUAGAUGGUAUUCUGAAUCUCUGUUAAGAGGCCGAAGUCCCCAGUUUGGAGAAGGAAAAAAGAAAGAUCUAGGGCAUUUUAACCACUGCUGAAAUUAACCCUGGUUUUUGGUUGGAUUUUUUUUUUGCUUGCAUGAAAAGUUCCUUUGUGGAUAAUCUAGAAGUGCUUUAUACAAAGUAGGCUGUAUCCACUUCAAAGUGAAAUUCGUGUGCAAUGAGAAUUUGAAUUUGUCAUACAAUUUCUUACACUUCUUGUAUUUCUUACAUACACCAUAGUUAAAAGAAAAUCAGAUAAUGACUGACUUAGUUGUAUGUUUGGAAAAUUCUUAAGAACAAGGAAUAUGGAUGCUGGUGGUAGAAAUGCACCCUGACAGAUAGAAGGCUUUUUGGACACAGGAACAGCACGAGAAAGAAUUCGGAAGGGAGCCAUGGCUUUUUGAAUGAGCUAGCUGCCAAGUGAGAAGUGCAGCGUUGUCAAAACUGCCUGAUACAUUCAUCUAAUGAGGUAACAGUUUUUAUUUUUGUUCCAAGGGAAGUAUGCAAUAGGGAAAAUUGCAUAUGGGAAGGUUUGUGAGCCAAGACCCGUUUUUACACCAGCAGUUUGUAAAUUUUUAAUAUGGUCCUCUGUAUUGUUGGGGGGAAGAGAGCCACCAUCUACUGGAGAGCUUAGUAUGUAUAACCCACUAAAUUAAAGUCUACAAUUAAUAAUGCUUAAUAUAUCAUCUUCUCACCAUUCUCCUUGUCAGAUUUGAUGACUUUUAGUGAAAUUAUGUUCUUGUGUGUAAGUUCUGUUCUUGUAGUCAGCUUUUGAAAAAUUCUGAAAAUUGAAAAACAGAGUUAACUUUGCUUCUAGAAAUUCCAGUUACUGCACAUGAAAUUGCUAGGAAAUUAUUCAGUGUAUACACUGAAUGUGUGGUUUGAUAAUUAAGGCUAGGAGCUAAAGUUCUGUCUCAUUUAUCUCCUCUUUGUAACUGAAAAUGUAACUGUUACAUUUCUGUAACUAUCAUUCCACCUAGAAUCCCAUUUUUUCUUAGUGCAAUACAAAAAUGUACAGACUGAAGGGAAAGAAAAUCAUUUGUAGUCCACAGGUGAAGCAGUAACUGACCCACAGAAUGAAUAAGCAAUAUGGCCCAAUUAAGAAGUUAUCAAUGGCAAAACUAGAUGCCCUUCUGUUUUAAGGAGCUCCCUUCCCCUGUAGUACUGCAGUUACGUGAAGUUUUAGAUCUUGAGCCAUACUGGGAAGUAAUAUCAUUGGACAAAACCUCCCUGACAACCUGCAUCUUUAUUUUUAUACUUUCUUCCUGUGUAAAGGUGAAGAUGGGGCUUUUAAAACUUGGUUAAAUAACAGUACCAUGGGAUGCAAAACCACUAGCUCAUAAAUUACUGUUGCUUCAAGCUCUGGUUGAAAGAGAUAGUGUGUCAUAAGAUUGCUUAACAUCUGGUUGAGAAUUCCUACAAGCAGAGCGUUUAGUCACAUGCUUGACUUAAAGUGCAUGCAUACUUACCAUUGCUUAAGAAAGUAUUUAAUUCCCUUCUGGAACUAACAAAUGUAUGGAUUGGACUUGAAUUUACAGAAGUUUAAACACGUAAAAUAAAAUGUGUGCUGUAUGAAUAUUGUUGGACAUUCAUGAUCCGUUGGGAAAUGGCUGCAUUAUGAAGGCAGUAAUAGAUUGUUCUCUUCGGUGCUUUUUUUUAUUUGUUACCCUGAGUUUGUGGCUCUUUUUUAAGUUGAGAAGUGUACCUUAGAGAAGUGUAUACGUGAGCUUUAAAUGGAACAUCCUUUCAGUGCAUCAUGGCUUAUAAGAUGCUCAGUGUUUCUUAAAGGCUUAAAUUUCUCAUUACUGCUAAGUUUGGGGAUGAGCAGCAGUUAAUCUAGAAAUUUCUAAAUGAUGAAAUGCAGUUGUAACUCUACUGAAGCAUUGAAGAGAACAAUAGUUUUCUUUUAAAACCAUUGGCCAAUUAAAAUAUGAUUAUUGUAUGAAUACAUAUAAAUAUAUAAUAGUAAAAUUAACCAAUAAAAUACAAAGUUCUGAAUAUUAAAGUAAGAAAUCUAGAAAUGGUUUUGGUGUCUUAGAAGGUGCUUGCUAAUGUGAAGUGGUGGUUCAAAAAAUUACAAUUACAAGUCAAUCAGUUGUGUAAGAAUGAACUGACCUUAGCUCCUGUUGUACAGCAGAGGUAUCUUAAUUCUGAACAUUGCUAGCUAACAAGGGCAUAUAAUAAUGUGUUGGUUUUUUGGGGGAAAAAUAAGGAUGUACCGCUUGCUGUUAGCAGCUAAUUAAACAUUAUAUUGCAGCAGAUGUUGUAUAGCAUCAAGCCCUUCCAGCCUUUAAACUGUUUGUUGUGUGGCUGCUGGAUUGGUCUUUCACUGUACAGGUGUUUCUUUACUGCAGAGUUCGCCUGUAAUCUGAACUGGCUGUGUUUGUCUUGCAUGGACAAAAUACCCAUUGCCUAUCUUGAUUUGGCUUUGUGAACUUUCUUUGUGUACAGCAAUAUAACCGGUCAUUUCAUGCUCUUUAGGGAGAGUUUUGCAAAUCCCACUUUAAUAGUUCCUAGUUUUCUCCAUCUGUUGAUACACUGCCAGUAUUCAAUUCUGUGUAGUAAAUCUUUGUGAAGUUCUUCCUCAUAAUCCAUAUAGGCUGAAAUCUUAAGCUGUAUUCUGUUCUGUAAAUCAUUUAUCUCUGUGCUUUUUAAAAAGUGGCCUACCUUUCCCCUUGAGGCCAUUGGUCUUGAAUGUAUUUAUUUUUCUGGCAGAGCGCCAUGAAUGAAUCAUAGCCCAGAGCAGCUUACAGUCUGAACUCCUCUCUAUUGUUAAUAUAAAAUACUUCAUGCAGUUGUUACAGCGUUAUGCUAUGUAAAACUUUUAAGAGAAGAGAGAUUGAUUUCAGACAUGCUAGUUGCUUUUGAAGUUUCCCAACAGUAUGUGGAAGUGAUUUCUUAUGGUCGUGCAGCUGUAAUUCACUAACAUAACUAGUUGCAUGGGAAGUUAGUACAUGAGAAUGUUACUCUGUCACAGUGCAGCGUGUUUGUUCUUUUGUGAAAAUAGUCACAUCAGCUUUUCAUUCCAUUUGUAACUUUCCUGUUUGUACCUCCCUGCUCUAUUUCCAUAUUGCUUUAUUUUUUUAAUUGUUCUUGAAUUAAUUCACAAGCCUUUUGUUCUGUUCUUCAGAUACCCCUCUUUUCUGGUUUGGCCAUUCUGCUGUGGAUAUUGUUUCAUGCUUCAUCCUCUCUUUUUCUGUGUAACAGUGCCUUUAUUAAACCAAGGACAUGAUUUAUUUCUUGAUGUUUAAAAGGUUUCUUUGUACUGAAGAGCCUGGGCCCAAUCAAAGUACCAAGGAAUUCCGUAGGUGAAUCAGCACUGUGGGCCUGGCUGGCUCUGAGAUAGACAGUGCCAGUGGAGUGUAACUUCAUCUCAUGCUUCAGAGGAAAUAAACUACAUGACACCGGAUGAAUGGGGAAUAAAAAUAUGACCGGGUACAUAACCCAUAGAUUUGUUUCUACUUUUUACAGUCUUUCUUCUUGAUGUUGAGUUUUUUAUUAACUUGCCAUUAGUUCUGAGCAACCCAUUUGACUAGCAUUAUGAUGUUUGGCUGUUCCUAAGCUGAUGAGUGCAUAAAAUUGUGCCACAGAAGGUGCUGACUUCAUCCAUAAGUGUAUAUAAGAUGUGUUCUUAAUCAUUUUAUUUCCCCUUUUCCCAAGUAUUUAAAUAGUGAGUUUCUCCAGGUGGCUGGCUGUAUGACCCUUCAAAUAUUGGCUGUAUUUAAUGUAUUUAACUUUAUUUCAAUUGUAGACACUGUAUUUCUCAUCUGCACUUCAGGGUGAUUUCUCUUUACAUUUAGUUAUGCUUGCUUGUUGGCUAACCUGACUGACAGAUGGAGUUCAACAGCUGCAGUCUUACCGUAAACAAGGUGCCUGUAGGUAGCACGCAGCUGAACAAGUGUGGCUUCUUUCUUUUAGAGACCUGACCUCUGUAGUAUCCCAUAGUUUUCUGAUGAUUGCAACAAACAUCUUUGCCCAACUGGGGAGAUACAGGUGGAUAUGGAGGCCAGUAUUCCCAGAUGGUUUAGGGAGGUGAACCUAAGGUCCUUUUUUUUUUUUUUCUUUUUAAAUUGAUUGAAGAGAUAAUACUGGAGCCUGUUCUGCCUCGGGGAACUUUAGAACAAACAUAGCACUUGGUGAGUAUCCAGUAGGGGGGGAUCCAACCAGGGUUAUGACUCAUGCCUUUUCCCAGCAAUUAAUUUAAAAAUAGAAUUGAAAUUGAAAUAUGCUUUAAAGGUCAGAAUGUCAGGUCAGUGUGUGUCUGAUAGUUUUUAAUGGGUAAGGUGUUUACAGGGGACAAAGCAUUCUUUAUUUUUGAGGCCACUUCUGUUGGCCAUAUAUUGCGAGUGUGUGGACAGUUAAUUGUCUUUGUGUUAUCUACUGCAGGAAGAAGAGACAUUACCUUUGUGUAGCUAUUUUCUGGUACCUUUUUAGCCUGGGUAAACAGCUGAUCCUUCUCUCUGUUAUGAAACCAAAGUAUCAAGUGACCUCUUUACCUUUUGUUUUCUAGAUAAAAAUCUACAACAUGGCUGUUAACUGAUCCUGCCUGCUUUAGAGAAGAGGCUGUAUUUUAUUCCUGCAUGUUUUAACGUCUUAUUCAGACUUCUUAAAUUAGAGAAGAAAUGAGUUAAGUUUUAGUACAUGAAGGUGAAGCUUCAGACUAUACAGUUACAUUGUUCAUGUAUAAACAAAUAUCUCAGUUACAUCUUUUAAGUCUAGCCUAAGAACUUGGUGUCACUUUUACCUUCACAAUCCCGUGCUCUGCCACAACCUUCCCAUCAGUGCUGGAAAGUUAUUUUGACAGUUGCUUGUAUUUUUCUGAGAAAAUGAAGGUCAUGCAGCUGGAAGGACGAAUAUUCUGGUAUGUCUGAAACUUCAUGCAAAUGGAAUGGCUAUCGAGAGGGUUCUUCCUGAUUUCAAAUUUGAAUAGAAUUUGGUUCUUAGCUGCUGCAACCGUAAGGGGUUUGUUGUUAAAAGUAAAUAAAUAAAUUGCGCGUAACAUUCUGGCUCCUGCUUCCUUCACUUACCUUUUUUUUUGUACCAUCAGGCCUUCUUUGAAAGUCUUGAGCCUCAUGUUUAAAACACCUCCUCUAUUUCCCUGAACUAAGUAAACCAUUAAGUUAAAUGUGUCAUUUUAGAUUUAUUGAAUUAAUUUGUAUUACUUAUCUUACACUGAGUCUGUUUAGCUUUGUUGGUUUACUUGGUAAAUGUGGAAGGUUGUGUUCCCACAGAGUGGAUUUUUUUUUUUAAUCUCUGUCUCCUGCCAAAGUUUCUCCAAACCUCCUAUUUUAAAAUCAGUAGUGAAACAUGAGAAGGAGACAUUCAGUGUGUGGUGGUGUUUUUUUUCCUUCAUGUUGCCAUCCUCAAAUUAUCUUGCUCUUAGCAGUGAUGAAAUGUCUGGCUCAGUCCCUGUAGAAGACAAGACUGAGAGCCAAGAAGUCAGUAGCUUUGAAUGCCUUGAGAGGGGUGCAGGAGAGGGGGGAGGAGCCGAUUAAAGAAUCCUCUCAAUGUCUCAUCUCUCCCAGUGUCUCAUCUCAUGACUGUGUUGGAGUGCACUGCGUUCUGAGGGAAGGCUUUUUAAAAUUGAGUUAUUUUCUUACUGAAGUCUUGUUGAUCUCGUUUCUUUAAUUGCCUCACAAGUCUGGCGUUGAGACAUAUACAUCCUAGAUGAGGAGAUUCUGCAUGCUUAUGGCAAACUCUUACCCUCAUCCUUGGUUUAAUCAUUUAAAAAUGCAUCUCUGUUCCCUUUCUAGCUUUCUAGUAAUUUCGGUAGGAAUCUUUCCAAUAGCAGGUUACUUUUAUCUAGUAAUUUGCUGGUAGUGUCUUUGGUUUAGAAACAGUUCUGUCAACUAAAAACUUUUUCUUGCAGCUUUGAAAUGUAUGUAAAUUAUGUAGUUUACACCGAUUUAAUACGUAAGCUCAAAACAGUUUUGCAUCUGAUCAUGAAAUGCAGCCUAUUCUUUAUUUUAAUGAUCCCAGUUACGCUAAAAUUUAUUUUUUCAUCUGAGAAAAUUAAAAUAAGAACCUAACAAGAAGUGAAAUCUAUUAGAUGGAUGUGAUAAUGCCCAAGAGGGGGAGAAAAAUCAAGGAAAAACGUAUAUAACUUAUUCUGAAUAUGUAACUACAUCUGUGUAUCACUGAUUGUACUGAUCUUUCUUUUACACUGAGUUUAUCACUCAGGGUUUUGCAGUGAAUCGUUUGUGUCCAUUUUAUCAUUGUUAAUGAACUUGGACAAAACUUCUACAAAUUAAAACCAGUGGGUUAAUGCUGAGGAGUGCUUUUAAUCUGUCAGUCUGACACUCCUUUUUCUGCUUAGGUAUCUCAUCUUUUUUCAUCUGAUGGGAAUCACCAUAGGGUACAAUCUUCUUUCUUGGAACAAAGCAAGCAAAAGUACCUGUGGUUAAAUGUUCUGAAACAACAGAGUUAGUGGUGUUCAUGUUUCUGUUCAGCUCGUGAAGUAUUUUACUGUUUGCUUUAAGAUUAUGCUUCUGUUCUGACCCUGCUCCAACUGAAAUUACAGAGUCUCUUUUUAAUCUUCCUCUGGAUGAUGGGGCAGGCAAUAAUGAGGAGGGCAAGCUUUGUCUUGAAGCAGGUAAUAAAUAACCAACUCCAUCAACUUACAGUUUGGAUCGACUUGUCUGUCUGGAAUUACUGCUAUUUAACAUAUUAUGUUCUAAUGAAAUAAUAAACUAUCUUCGAAAAAAUUAGCGUCUUUUAAAA